AUGACAAAUUUCCACAUAGAAUACAUCACGACAAAAAUUCACUCCCUCCGCUCCAUGACCUCGAUGCCCAACAAGCGCAUGGCAAACUAA